AUGGAUCCUUCUGUGGAUGCCCUCCGCGUUGUUCUCCCCGACCUCGCUUGUUUGGCUGACCCGAUCACGUUGAGCCCUCCGCAGCCGUCGUCGUCGGUGUCACCGAGUCAGCCGUCAUCGACGUCGCAAGAUGCCUGUGCGUCACCACCGUCGUCGUCUAGCGGGACGACGAACACUUCCACUUCCGCGUCCACUUCCGUCGUUUCGCGGCUGCCGUUUCUCUAUUCGAGUAUGGACGCCCCUCAGCCACCAGCAUCCACCAUGAUGGGCCAGACGUUGAGCCCUCCGCAGCCGUCGUCGUCGGUGUCACCGAGUCAGCCGUCAUCGACGUCGCAAGAUGCCUGUGCGUCACCACCGUCGUCGUCUAGCGGGACGACGAACACUUCCACUUCCGCGUCCACUUCCGUCGUUUCGCGGCUGCCGUUUCUCUAUUCGAGUAUGGACGCCCCUCAGCCACCAGCAUCCACCAUGAUGGGCCAGGUGAUGGGCGCCCUGUUCCAGCCACCUCCGCCAGCGAACGGGGCCACCUCAGCACAAGACAUGGACCUGAACGUGGACUUCUCGGGCCAGCAGCUGGACUGCAACGUGGACGAGGUCAUCAGCCAGGAGCUGAGCAUGGACGGCAACCUGGACUUCUCCUUUGCCGCCAGCCAAGGCGGCAACAACGGCGGCGCGAGCAACGGAUUCCCUGUGCAGCUAGUGCACCAGCAGUCCGUCAUGGUGCCGGUGAAUGGGCACCAGUACCACAUCGUGGACCAGGACAGCGAGCACCACCAUCUCCACCACCACCAUCACCACCUCCACCACCAGUUCCCGCACACCGUGCAGCAUUUCCCGACCUCGCCGCAAACCUCGGCCGCCCCGCACCACAUCGCGCCGUCCGUGUCCAGGAGUUGGGUCCGGUGAGAGAACCCUUCGGCCCCACCCACCUCGGGUUCGUGUGUUGUGUGUGUCGUUCGUUCGUUCGUGUCUCCCUUCCAGUGCCGCUCUCCUCGCACCUUCCCUUUUUUGUCCCCCCCCCUUCCGCCGUCAAAACGUCACGCGCUCGACUGGUACCAUUGUUGUGUCACUGAUCGGCACCACAUUUGCUAAAAUUCCCUUUAAAAAAAAAAGAAACUUUACCAAAAGAAAGGAAAGAGCAACUACGAUACUCUAAAUGCCCAUCGCGGAAUAAAUUCGCGUUCUCCAAUGAUCGUAGAGGAAGAAUUUUGAGGAACUAAGCGGAGAUCCCCAUUUGAAACUGAUAAUUUAUUUUUUCCGCUCGAUUCCCAGCGUACGAGUCCUCCGGAUUACCACGAAAGUCCCUGAGCACGUUUUCUAUCUUAAAAUGCAUCGCCGAUCUGUCGAUACAACAGAAUUCAGCACUUCUGGCGAAAAUUUUAUCGCAAAUUUUAAAAGACCCUUCGGAGAAUCCCAAAGAGUAAAUCUGGAAUACAUCAAAAAUUAUUUGAAGCAGUGACUUGUUUAUGAACGACGUUUUUUGCUGCGCCAGAUUAAGUUGCGGUUUAUCGACAGCGUUUAUUCGCAAAUAAAUAUUGCAUUUUAAAAUUAUUUUUUAUAUCUGGGUCAGGACAUUAAAUUUUGUUUUUCGGCCGAAGAUCUGAAGAAAAAAUAAAUAAAAUUCGUGAUAAUAUCUUCAGAUUCUCAUCAACCCUGUUCUGUUUUUUGGCUGUGUGCGGUUAAAAGUUAACCAGUUGCUUUUUAUAAACAGACUUUUUAUAAAAUCAACCGCUUUGCACUGACGAAAUCAAAAUACAUACAGUACAGUAGUUCUCUGAGGUUAUUAAACAUCGUUACUGGUCUGAAAAUGUCGGGGAUUUCUCUUUCCGAUUUUCAUGAUCGCGAGGAUAUUCUUCGUGGUCCGUUUGUUUUGGCAUGUUCCGUAGUUAAUUUCGAUAAUGAGCAUGACGUUAUUGUCUGAUCUCGCGGUGACAGAUAAAAAGGAGGGCGUGGAAUCGAGUGCGAAGUGACGAGAAAAGGAAGGAAAUGAUUGUAGGG